AUGUUGUCAACAGAGGAUUUGAAUAACAGGCAGUCUUUUGAAAUUGAAGAUGGUGGGUUUGGAUGUGGAAAAGUUGUUAUCACACAAAUGACGAGAGAUAGCGAGGAACCGUCCAAUGUGAAAGACAAUCUUUAUGACACUGUUGAGGAAUAUAAAGAGAACUUUGAUAAGAUGUUCAAUAAAGUUUCAUCAAUAAAGGAGGACAUGUAUGGAAUUGUUUCUGAUUGUAUAUCAAAGUUCCCAAAUAUAACAAAUGAAUUGAAAGAGAAGUUCAUUAAUUUAUUUUCAGAUCCUAUUUUUUCAAGUGCUGAUAAUCAAAACAAUGAAAACGAAAAAAAGGGAUCACAUGAAAGGGUUGAAUCUCAAAAUGGUGACACGGGGGAGAAUGAUAUAAGUUCUUACAAAUCACCAUAUAUGGAUAAAGCUGUGAAUUUAUUUGAUAGAAUCAAUUUGCAGAAUGUUCUUUUGAUUCAGGUUCUAAUAAGAUGUGCACAGGAUAAAAAUAGAAUGGAGGUACUUUUUGAAACAAAUACGGGAGAGAUUAUGCGUAGACAGGAUUUUGAGAGCAUGCGGCCUGAACAUAUGAAACUAAAUCUUUUGACGAGCGUUUUUUUAACUUUUGAGACUCGUGUUGAUAAGUUUCUAUCUAAUUUCAAGGCAGAUGUAGAUUUCAAUGAUCUUAAACUCGUGGUUUUCCCAAUACAUAAUGGUGAUCAGGUGUAUGCUGUUGUUUUCAACCUAACAUAUCCACAAGUUCAUAUUAUAGACAGCAUAAAAACAAAAUCGUUAGGAGAAACUUAUGGAAUGACACCUACAUCAUUAAAAUUGUACUUUAUACGAUAUCUGGAGAAAACUACAUUUAUCGUCAAUAAAAUCAAAGGUUUGCGAUCAACAACAGUGAAGAUGAAGAAAUUGACUGGAACACAAAGAAGUUGA